CUACUCAACAAGACUGGCCAAGGAUAUAUCGUUGACGAUCGGCUCCGACAGUGAAAGCUUUUGGCUGUCAAGCUUUGCCAAACUUCCUUGGCUGAGAGCCGCUGCGCGAAGCAAGCCGGGUAGGGUUUUACCCGUGCAGUUGCCGAAGCCUUUCUAUCACCAUGACGAAUUGCAUCUUAGUUCGCUCAUCGGCAUCCGGCUAUCAUGCAACGGACGAAAAUCUCUCGUGCGGAGAAGUAAACCGUCAUAGACCUGGGCUACUUUUCCGCUAUGCUUUUCCGCCGAGCUUGUCGGAAGGCGGAAUUCCCCACCUGCCAGUAGUUGGGAGAUCUUCAGGAUUAAAGAAGUCUGGGGAUUGCUAUAACUGGUUGAGUAUUUAUUAAUGUCGCUGUUGUAAUUCUGCACAUUGACUUACGGCCUUUCUCUCUCUCUCUCCAUUCACGACACGCACUGUAUCUCACAAUGUCGCUCCCAACGCACUUCACGCUCAAUACUGGAGCCAAAAUCCCUACAGUAGGGUUUGGCACAUGGCAGGCCAAGCCCCUCGAGGUCGAGAAUGCCGUGGAGGUGGCACUUAAGCAGGGAUAUCGACACAUUGACUGUGCUGCUAUAUAUCGCAACGAGUCGGAAGUUGGCAACGGAAUUCGCAAGUCUGGGGUCCCUCGGGAGGAGAUCUUCAUUACCGGAAAGCUCUGGAAUACGAAACAUGCGCCGGAGGAUGUCGAGCCUGCUUUGGAUAAGACACUCAAGGAUCUCGGUGUUAGCUAUCUGGAUUUAUAUCUGAUGCACUGGCCCUGUGCUUUCAAAUCCGGUGACAAGUGGUUUCCCCUCAACGAAGACGGCGUGUUCGAGUUAGCGGAUGUCGACUACAUCACCACCUACAAGGCCAUGGAGAAGUUACUCUCGACAGGGAAGGUGCGCGCAAUUGGUGUAUCUAACUUCAACAUUCGCCGCUUGGAAGAACUGCUCGGUCAGGUCUCGGUCGUACCAGCUGCCAAUCAGAUUGAAGCUCAUCCUUACCUGCAACAAGCGGACCUCCUUCGUUUCUGCCAAGAAAAGGGAAUCAUCGUCGAGGCUUACUCGCCUCUGGGCAACAACCAGACCGGCGAGCCACGGACGGUCGACGACCCUCUGGUACACAGCGUUGCCGGAGAACUGAGCAUGGAUCCUGGUCCACUGUUGGCUAGCUGGGGAGUCCAGCGUGGUACUGUGGUCCUGUCCAAGAGUGUCACCCCAUCUCGUAUUGCGGCCAACCUCCAAGUUAAGCACUUAUCGGAGGAUGCGUUCGCCCGUCUUUCCUCCCUCGAGCGCCACAAGCGUUUCAACUUCCCCGCUUUCUGGGGUUACGAUAUUUUCGAGGAGGUGGGCGAGGAGGCUGUCCGCAAGGCGGCGCUAGAGGCGGGUCCUGUGAACAAGACCAAGUUCACGGUAUAGAUGAAAUGUGGUGAUAUUGGACAUUUCUUUUCAUUUGCAUCCACCGGCUUGGAUGUUUCUUGUCUUUGUUCACAGUCUGGAGCUGACCAAUUUUAGUCACACUUGUAUGUACAUGAAAUUAAAUGGAAU